UUGAUGCUUUGAUAGUGGUUGCAAUGUGAAGCUCUCACAGUUUUGUCUCCCUCCGUGUAUAGGGAGGGAAACGUGUAGAUUUCUCCAUGUGUAUUAACAUACGAUGUUAUAUCUAGCUUUAUUUUUAUGGAAUUUGUUGCAAUCACGCUUCUAAAGCCAUGGAACACGAUAGGAAAGGAAACACAAGUUUCAAUGGAUUGUCCAGACACUCUGUGGAUAGCCAGAAUGAGAAAAAGAGGAGGAACUAUAAGCUGAUAGUGGAUCCAAUGCUGAGAGGGGGUGGACAAAAGUUGUAUCGCUUUGAAGGAUUGGAUCCUAUGGAUAACCGACCCAUUCAUGUGCGAGAUCCACGCUCCCGAUUAACAAGACUUUGGUCAAAGAAAUUAGCAGCAGACUUACCAAUUCCCAGAUUUAAGUAUGAUGAACACUAUGUUGGAGAACCACCACCAAAUGAAGUCACAUUUACCAACUUGAACGAUAACAUCAAUCAAGAUUUCCUUGAAAACAUGGUGAAGGUGUAUGGAAGUGUGGAAGAGGCCAAGAUUUAUUACAACCCAAAGAACAAAAAACAUUUAGGUGUUGGAAAGGUCAUGUUCUUAUCCUCAAAGUCAGCGAAGAUGUGUGCUGAUAAACUCAAUCAGUCCUCUAAGAUGGGAAAUGUGAUGACUGUGUUUGUUGAUGCUGGGGGUAAAGAGAGACAGAAGAUUGUGGAUGACAUGUUGUCGGACAAGCCUAAGACAGCAGCACCUGUUAGUGCUCCUCCUCCUGUUUUGACUGAUCCACGCAGGAACCGACGCUUGUCCUCAUCUUCAUCAUUCCCAACACUUCAGUCAGCCUCUAGUAUUCAAUCAGAUUUCUCUACAAGUAUCCAAUCACAGUCAAGUUUUGAUGCAUAUGACCCCGAGGCAUAUGACCCUGAAUUUGAAUAUUCAUUGACCCAGCCCCCUCCACACCUUCCUACUCAGCCGCCACCUCCGUUACCUGCCCAGCCAAUGUAUGCCUCAUCUGAGAAGAGCUUUAGCAGCAGCCAGUCAGACCUUGGGUAUGGGACAGGGACGCCAAUGUCUAACUACACUCAUGACAGCUAUAACAAGGCCUAUGACUCGCAGACCAGCACUCCCAGUGGCAGCUUCUAUCCUGGGGGCAAUCACAAUCAAUUUGGCAUGUCACAAAGUCAUGGUAACGGUGGUGCUAAUAGUGGGUAUGGCUUCCAGCAGCAACAGCAGCAGCAACCGCCACCUCCACUUCCUCCACAGCCGCCACCUCAUCAGCCACCUCCUCAUCAGCCACCUCCUCAUCAGCCACCACCUCAUCUCCCUUCUCAUCCUCCUCCUCACCUUCCCUCUCAUCCUCCUCAUCUGCCACCUCACCCGCCUCACCCAUCGCCACUACAUCAGAACCAGCAUCAUCACAUGUCGUACAAUAAUAGUGAGAAUCAGUAUUCCUCAAACCAGGACAUGGAUCGGUUCCCGCCAGAACCACGUCAGAGGGGAAGCAAUCAUCACAGAAACAGACAAAAUAGCGAAGGUGGUGCUCGAAGUGAUCACCGUAACCGGGACUGGCGGAGGGACAGAGAACACAGACAUUCUCGCGACUCACGCGAUCACAGAGAUCGAGGGGACGAUCGGGAUGAAUAUAACAGAGAACCGCAGAGAGAUAGGUUUAACCGACGAAAUAAUGACCGUGACAAUGACCGCAGCAACAGUAGGGAUAGGAAUCAUCACGACAGGUAUAACAGGGAUGUGAGGGACAACAAAAGAGGCGGUGGAGUAAAGGAUAGAACGGAUGUCAGGGCAGGACCAGGGCGAGGGAAAGACAGGAAGGAUGGAAGAGGGGAAAGGGAUGGUGGCAGGUUUCGUCAUAGACAAGAAUCUGCUGAAAGGAGUAUGGAAAGGGAGAAACCUCCACCCCAACCCCCUAAACCUAAAACACCAGAAUCAGAACCUGUACAAGAGGAGGAGCCCCGCAGCAUGAGUUUGGAGUCUCGUAUUCAAAGCUUGCUGCAAAAUUCAAUGGGUGAAGGGUUUGGCAGCCCCUCUUCGGACUCAACUAGUGAUUCAAGGAAAAAGGAGCCCACCCCCCCUCCAAGUCGGUGGGAGAAACCUGUGUCUGGGCCCCGAACUCCCGAACCAGAGGCCCCACGUGUACCACCCAUUCCUGUGGUGGACCAGCCCCGCACCCCCUUUAACCACAUGUCACACUUCAGUACACCACGGGACUCGGGGCCCCACAGCACGCCUGACUUCAGGGACGUUAACAGUGUUCAGAGCAGUGUGAACGGUAGCAUCGAUGUGAGUUUGCCCCCACCCUCAUUUCAUCCUGCAAAUAUUCCUGCAAUGCCAGACAUGUACAGUAAACUUCAAUCAUCUCUAGAUGUUGGGACUCCAACAACGUCACAAGAAAUUGUUCAAGACACUAAAAGUGCAUCAGACGACGACGACAGGAUGAGUAUCUCAUCAGGUGGAAGUGGUGAACAGAAUAUAGAAGUCAAUCCCAUAAUUCAUCCUUCUGGUGAAGUACCCAGUCAGACAAUGGCGCCCCUAGUAAAUACUGACUUCAUGUCACCAAACACAUCUCAGCCCCUGGCCUGGCAGACGGGCUCGUACAACUACGGUUUUAAUUAUGGUCAAAAUGUAGACAUGUCCGGUUAUAAUGUGUACAACCAAAACUAUUACAACCAGUAUGUCAAUAACUCUCUGAAUGUCGUCGCCUCUCAAGGACAGGUCGUAGAUCAGUCCGAGGAGGAUGAGAAAAUAGAGAAAACUUUUGCAGCUGUUCUGGAUGGUUGUAUUAAGGAAUUAAAACAGAUAAUGCAAAAAGAUAUGUGUAAGAAAAUGGUAGAAAACUCGGCUUUUAAAUCCUUUGAUGGUUGGUGGAACAACGAGGAACAGAGACACAAACUUCUGCCACAAAAAACUGUACAAGAAAAGCCGACAGAGAAGUCGUCCUCUGUCAAGCCGACUGUGACAGUAGGUAAGAAGGAGGUCAGCUCCACCAUUGCGUCUUUGUUUGAGCCACAGCACCCCUGGACCAAGGAAGGCGAGAUUAACUUUGGCAGCUACUCCAGUGGUAUGGGCGGGGGAUUUCUUGGCAUCAGGGGAGGGAUGCCGCGCCUCCCCUCAUUUAAGAAGAAGUUCCGUCCACCGUCCCCACCUCCCGAGGAUGAGGAGAGUAAGGGUGCUCACGAGGAGGAGGAGGAGGGUGAUGAUGAGGCCAAGAGGGAGGAUGAAGCUGGAUCAGAUGAUGAAGUCACAUCCACGAGAGCGUCGAGGAAGGCUGUUGUCAGUGAUAGCAGUGAUGAUGACGAUGAUGAUGAAGAUGAGGAUGAAGAUGAAGAUGAUGAUGAAGAGGCCAGCGCAGAGAGUAGUGAGGAAGAGAGUGAAGAAGAAGAUGAGAGCGAAGCAUCAGCAUCAGAUUCGGAUGAUGAGGAAGAGGAGGAGGAUGAAGAGGACGCAACAGUAGAUGUAGAAGGGAAGGAUGAUGAAGAUGAAGAGGAUCCCAUCAUAGAUGUGAUAUCUAAAGAUGAUAGAGAGGAUGAAGAUGAGGAGUUGUCAGUUGGUGAGCCAGCUAAGGUAGAGAAAGAGGAGGAGGACGAAGAGGAGGAGGAGGAGGAUGACAAAGAAGAUGAAGAAGAUGAGGAAAUUGAUAUGUCUCUCUCAGAGACUGAAGAAAAGGAGGAGAAGCCCGAGUCGCCCCAACCCUCUGAUCGGGUGUUGCCCACAAAGGAAGAAAUCUGUGAUAAAGACAAUGCUGAGAAGGAAGACACACAAACAGAGAGUGAAAGUGUGAAUAUCAAUAAUACACGGUCUUCCUUAGAUGCAAAUCUUGAAUUAGCCAAACAUUUAACUAAAUCCAACUUUCAGACGUUACUAGAUGCAUCUGAAAUUCUUAGUUUACGAGAACUCGUACAAAAGCCAUCCAUUCUGAAAGAGACAGAUAAAGUGAAGGAGAAAGUGAAGGAGAAAGUGAAGGAGGAGGUUAUAGAUGUUGUGGAGUCUGAGCCUGACAAGGAGGAAAGGUUUGGAUUCCUCGCGGAGCAUGAUUACUUUGCUCCACCAGUAUUACCUCCAGAACAAAAAGAGGCUGAUGAAAUUGAUUCCGAUGGGACCAUGUCAGCUGAUGAGGAAACGUCGCCUGUGGAAGUGUUCAUGGACCACAAUUACUGUCUUCCUCCUAAAAUACCUCCCAAACUGGAAAUGCCAGUGGAGGAACUGAAACCAGAACCUGUGAAGGAAGUUAAACCCAAGGAAGUGAAAACCGAGGUACCUCAGGAAAACAAAAAAUCACCGGCAAAGAGAAAGCCGAGAAAACAGAAACAACCAACAUUAACAGACAUUACAGAAGAGACAGUUCAUUUAAAUAAACAACGAGGAAGUAGAGAGUUGGCAAAUCUUCUUGAACCCAUCAAACCUAUUUCAAAGUUUGAUCCCAGGAAUUUGGACGAUGAGCGGAAAGUUUUCUUUGAUAUGUACACAAGUGGUCUUGAUAACGAGGAUAUUAUGUUCCUUAAAAGGACAUACGAGAACCAACUUCAAUCUGAGGAUCCCUCGUGUUACUGGAUUAAUGACAUUCUGUGGGUGGACCAUCCGGUUACAAAUAUACCCGACCCUGUUCCUCCCAGAAAGAGACGGAAACUAGAAGACUUGCCAAAGAUACAUUCAACAGGGAGUGCCAGAACAGAAGGUUUCUACAAGCUGAGUGUGAAAGACAAGACUGGAAACAAACUUGAUGCCUUCAAGGCUGGCAUGGAUUCUGACACAAGACUGAAAGCACACACCUCCAGAGAAGCUCGACAUGAAAACAGGAGACUCCAAACAACAUUUGCUGACCUUGAUGUGGGUGACCUGCUGCGCUUCAAUCAGCUCAAGUACCGUAAGAAGCAGCUGAGGUUUGCCCGCUCAGAUAUCCACGACUGGGGCCUGUUUGCACUGGAGCCGAUUGCGGCAGAUGAGAUGGUGAUAGAGUACGUAGGGCAGGGUGUGCGUCAGUCAGUAGCAGACCUCCGUGAGAAGAAGUACGAGGCUGACGGUAUCGGCAGUAGCUACAUGUUCAGGGUGGACGCUGAAACUAUCAUCGACGCCACGAAGUGUGGCAAUCUGGCUCGCUUUAUUAACCACUGUUGUAAUCCAAACUGUUACGCUAAGGUGAUCACAGUGGAGAGUCAUAAGAAAAUUGUAAUCUAUUCCAAGAGAGACAUUGAUGUUAAUGAGGAAAUAACAUAUGACUACAAAUUCCCCAUUGAGGAUGAAAAGAUUCCGUGUCUAUGUGGGGCGUCGUCUUGUCGCGGUACGCUCAAUUGAGGGGGGUUAAAAAUAUUCUGAAUCAAAUAGGUGAGCAAGCUAGGAUGGACAGAAAUGUCGCCAUGGGUUAUAGCAAGGUAUACAGAAGUAAACAGAAUUGUCAUCGAAGAUUAUCAAAAUAAUCAAUGUGUCAUUAGGAGGUUUCCCAGUAAUCAUGAGAGACGUCAACAUGAUACCAGAACUGUCAUCAAAGAUCAGCAAUAAAAGUCAACACCUGUCACCAGGAAGGUCUGCAUGGGGCACUGGAUACAUCACAAUGGAUCGCUAGAAAGUUUAACAUGGAUCACCACAAAGACCGUAAUGGACUUGUCCAGUCAAUGCAUGGUAGAGUUUACUCAAGUUACAUAGGGGUGAAAAGGUUAAUAUGAUUCGCCAGAAUUGUUGCCAAAGGUUACCAAAAGGUCAAUAUGCAUAAGAAGAGGUGUGUCAGUCAGUUGUGCAUUACAAGACCGGCAUCUACCUGGUAAUACUUAGUCCUAAAGGAUGACCUUUUCAAAUGUAAUAGCAACUACUCCCUUGCAGAUUUUGUUGAGGGGAUAUAUAUUUUCAGGAAGACUUCAAGGGGAUAUGUAAGUCAGGAGUAACCAUGGUUGUUGUACAUGAGUUGAAACGACAAUGCAAAUAUGUAUAGAAAAGACAAUAGCCUACACUCUGACAUUACAAACCAUACUGUGUCGAAUAGGUCUGGAGGUUGAUUAACAAUUGUACUUCAAAAAAUCAAUUUAUAAAUUAGAAAAUCUGCAUGAUAAUAAAUGAGACAUUAAAUUAUUCAAGAAGUUAUUUCAAAAUGCAGAAGAAUACGGAAGAAGUUGCAUGGGUUAGAAGAUCUUGAGUUCUUUUUACAGAAUGUUUAAUUAUAGGUUUUAUGACCUUGACAUAAUUAAAAGUGCUAUAUCCUUCAGAUAUUGUUGACCUUCCUGAUAGACUUAUACUCAACUACGAUCUCACAACAGCCAUUGUUGUCGUACCAGAUAAACUCAAGUGUUACCAACAGGGUAACUGGUCUGGUGACAGGCUUCAAGUUACCAACAGGGUAACAGGUCUGGUGACAGGCUUCAACAUUCAGGGAGCAGCUGGACUGCAGAUUUUAUAUGUUCAUGUAUCUGUAAGAAAUAUACGCCAGUUUUUGCAUUUCAUCUGAUUAUAUGUGAACCAUAUGUCUAUCAGAUUUUUCUUUCCACUCGAAUGUUGUUAGAGAGGGGGGUAUGUGUGUGUGUAUAGUUCAUGAUUUUGCUGUCAAUAGUUGCAUAAUAAUGAGUACAGCUUAGUGCUAUUUCCGUAUCAUAAAAAAACCCUGUAUAGUUUGAACUAUUGUAACCUUCAAAAUUUAUUCCUAAUCUUCAUCAUCCAACGAAAGAGUAACAUGACAUAAGCAUGUUUUAUGAGGUUAUCUGUUCACAUAUUUUUUAUGACGAAUUAAAAAACAUGAAGGAAAUACUGAUACAGACCAAAACAAGUUAGUUCGUUGUUUCUCUUCUGAAACUCCAAUCCUCUUCUUUUUUUUACCUUAAUGCACAGAGGAAGUGUAGCUUUGCAGCUGCAUCAAUAAAAAGGUCCAAGCUUAAGUGUUCUAAUCAAGUUACGGAUACUAAUGUAUAAUUACAACAAGAGAAUACAUAACUUACUACCAGAUUGUGCGUUGAAUAUGAAAUCCAUGUCAUCUACAAAUCAAAUUUUGUUCUAAUAUGUUAACGUUUGAUGUCAAAGAGGUUUUUACCUGAAGUGUUUUGUUAUUGUGAUUUUGAUGUAAAUACUAUCUACAGUAUUAAUACUGUAGAUAGUAGUGCUUCUUUAUUUUCUUGAUUUUGAUAUGUAAAUGCUCAUUAAGUUUGAUGGAGUGUGGAAUGUAAGGUCAACCCUGUCAUUGGUGUGUUUGUAAUUUGGGUAUGUGUCAUGGAAUUGUUUGUAACCAAGGCUCUACUCUGUCAUGGAAAUGUUUGUAACCAGGGCUUUACUGUCAUGGAAAUGUUUGUAACCAAGGCUCUACUCUGUCAUGGAAAUGUUUGUAACCAGGGCUUUCCUCUGUCAUGGAAAUAUUUGUAACCAAGGCUCUACUCUGUCAUGGAAAUGUUUGUAACCAGGGCUUUCCUCUGUCAUGAAAAUGUUUGUAACCAAGGCUCUACUCUGUCAUGAAAAUGUUUGUAACUAGGGCUCAACUGUGUCACAGAAAUGCUUGUUAUUGUGCUUUUAGAGAUAAACGCGUGAACACAAAGUGAAAUAAACUUUAUUUUACAACAAUUAAGAAGCAAGUUAUAUCAACUUUAUUUUACAACAAUUAAGAAGCAAGUUAUAUCAAUAAUCACUCACUGGUUGACCUGAAUGGGGAAAACUUGCGUGGUCAGACAGGUGAUCUCUUACCUUUCCACAUCCUAUCGGGCAAUUGUAUCCCAACUGUCUUUGUGAAAGGCAUGUGAGCUGUCCGCCCUGCUAUCCGACUACCCAAGUUUCUGGUUGGAGGCCUUUUUAGGGAGUUAAAACAUUUUGAAAUUAUCCACAGUUAUGUUUCAGAUGUCCUGCAUGAGAGUGAUAAUGUUCUGUAUUGAAGAAAAAUCACGAAAGUAACUAACAUGGUGAAGGGUAACACAUUCGUUAGGUACCUUUCUAUGUUAUCAGGUCAGGAGAGACACCUAUGUUAUCAGGUCAGGUAUUCCAAACCUCAGAAGGGUAGCACAUUCGUUAAGCACCUUUCUAUGUUAUCAGGUCAGGUAUUCCAAACCUCCGAAGAGAUUGAAAACGUUUCUGUGAAAAAAAGAAAUUAUAUAUAUACUAAUGAACAUAUAGUACUCAUUUUGCCUUACUAUAUUGGCAAGCACCUCCAAGUGUGAAUAAUUUAGAACUCUUCUGUGUGGGAGAUACAACACCAAGCAUUGGGGUAUUACACCUUAACCAACAUCAACGUUAACCAACACUAAUGUUCUAUUUAAAGAAAUAGAGGAAGUUGGGACAGAUUUGUUUACGUAAUAAUGUAGAUGUGCUGAAACUCUUUUGCUUUGUGUAGGAAUUUAUUUCAUACUAGUUUAGACAGUAAUACUUGCUUUUUAAUAGAAAUCUGGUUAAUCAUGAUCAUAAAUUUGAAUAUUAACAUAACACACCUUCUUAAAUUGUCAAUGAAAUUGACCUUCACAUUACCACACCAGAUAAGAAGUAAAUUUGUGUAUACAGUAUUGGUUAAUAUACCAAUUGAUACAUAUAUGUAGUGAUUCCUCCAACUGUUGACCCAAUGUAGAUUGUUUGAUUAAUUAAGGAUUGAGUCUUGCUUUGGUCAAUUUCAUGUCUUGAAACAUAUUUAAUGAAGCUUCAUUCUGGUGUCUCCACUUAGGCCAGGAUUUUUGUCUAAUGUCAGGAUUCCUCAGACAGGUUGGUGACCUCUGGUCUCGGCGAUGACCUUCUACACCUCGAUUCCCCCAUUAUCUAGUGACCUUACUCAGACAGGUUGGUGACCUCUGGUCUCGGUGAUGACCUUCUACACCUCGAUUCCCGCAUUAUCUAGUGACCUCUGGUCUCUGUGAUGACCUUCUACACCUCGAUUCCCCCAUUAUCUAGUGACCCUACUCGCACAGGUUGGUGACCUCUGGUCUCGGUGAUGACCUUCUACACCUCGAUUUCCCCCAUUAUCUAGUGACCCUACUCACACAGGCCAGAUUUUGUGGUUUGUAUAAUAAAAAGAAGUUCUCACCUAUUUGUGAAAGAAAAUCAAUUGCUUCUCUGUUUUUCACUUAUGUUAAGCGCUUUUUUAUAUUUGCUGAAUGUGUUCAGAAUUUUUAUUGGUAUGUGUUGAUUUAAUCUAUUUGUAAAUAUUGAAUGAUUUAUUAGAAUGCAUUCUAUUUAACAAAAUAGUCAAGUGCAAUUGGCAAGCUAGUGAUCUUUGUACAUGGUAGAUGUUAAUAGUGCUAUGUACAUAGAGAAAUUGUUACUUGAUAAAUCCAUUUGUAUAUAAUAUAUAUAUUAGUAAAUGUGAAAAGUUGUUUGUAAAGUACCAGGUGAAAGUGAUUACUGUGAGUACCAAAUAAAUACAUUUUAAU